AUGGACCCGACGUCGACGCACUUCCCGUCGCCCACUUCGCUGGUCCAUGGUGGCAUGCCCAACAACAACAACACCAACAAUCACAACCCGCACCUGGAUCAGCACCACCUUGCCCUUCACCAUCAUGUCUCGGCUGCCCCUCGGGCCCAGGACCACGCCGCCCAGCACCACUUCUCGCUGCCCACGCUGCCGUCCCAUGCCCAUGGCGAUAGUAUCGCCCUCGGCGUGCUCGACGGCACCGACCCCGGCGUCUUUCAAGCGCACCCUCAACCGCAGACGCAACCACAACCACAUCCCCAUCCCCAUCCGCACCCUCACCAGCACGCCCACUCCCUGCCGGACCUGCCGCACCUGCAGUCGGCCCCAACCGUCCCGCUGCUCCAACCCGCUCCUCACCAGCAGCAGCAGCAGCAGCAGCAACAACAGCAACAUCCCCAGCUGCUCGAUGCGCCGAGGAUAAUUGCGUCCCCCCCAACGCCCGCACAGCCGGCACCACCACCCCAGCCGCCGCCGCCGCACUCUGCCCCGCCAACCCACGGCGCCUCGCGGAGUCGUGCGCAAUUCGGCGUCAUCACACCGACGCCCAUUGCCCCCAAUAUUGCCCAGGCCCGGCAGGAGGACGACUUUCUUGCCCAGCCUGCCAACCUCGCUGGCCCCCCUACCACCGGCGCCGACUCGGGAGAGAGCAGACCUCACGGCCAACUGGUCAACAGGAUCGUCGUUGACCCUCCGGACCUGGAGGCAUGGCGCGACAAGCUGUUCAACGUCGACGACAUGAUUUUGCUGACCAACGACGAGUUCGAGACUUACUUUCCCCACAUCGACAAUGUAUACUCGCACAGGUCGACGCAGAAGUAUAAGCGCAAGCCGUUUGUGUCUCACUACUGGGACUGCCGCAUGAAGGGCCGGCCGCCGGGGACGCCCAAGUCGAACGACCCUGCUAAAAAGAAGCGGAAACGGAACGCGAGGGAGAGAGACUUGUGCGAUGUCAAGAUCAAGAUCACCGAGUACUUUCCCGGCGCCACCUUGCAAGUCGACGAGGGGGCGGGCUCGUUCCCCACGCCGCAGCAGUUCUACGACGCCGAUGGCAUGCCCAUCCAACCCGGCGCCAACGGCCAGAAGUUCUGGACCAUCCAGCGCGUGAACGGGAACGGCGGCAACGGAAAGGGGGACGGUGUGGCGGGCCCCCAUAAGCACACCCUGGCCAAGAGCGACGAGAUCAAGAAGUCGACUGUUCAGAGGCAUAUCAACUCGCAAAAGAAGGACACCAAGAAAACGACCAAGCCGGCGCAGAGGAAGGCUUCAGGGACUGCAUUGACGACGGUCAAAAAACAUGCAAAGGACCAUGAAUUAAAGCUGUAUGCUGCAUGUUUCUGCCCCUUUUCGCAGCGUGUAUGGAUUGCUUUGGAAGUAAAGGAGAUGCAGUACCAGUACUGUGAGACCGACCCGUAUAAGCGUCCGACGCAGCUUCUCGAAGCCAAUCCCCGUGGCACUGUUCCUGCAAUCCGCGAAGGAGAGUGGGCUAGUGGGGAGAGCAGCAUAAUACUCGAAUACCUUGAGGACCAUGACCAGAACGUCCCGCUGUUUCCUACCGACCCACGGUUAAAAGCGAACUGCAGGCUGUGGAUAGAUCAUAUCAACUCGAAGAUCGUCCCAUCCUACUUCGGCCUGUUGCGAGCAGUCGACCUCAACCAGCAGGCGGAAUGGCAGAGGAGACUCCAGAAUGAUAUCUUGGCCCUGGUGCAAGCUGCAGACGAACGGGGCCCUUACUUUCUGGGAGGCGACUUAUGCCUGGUUGACAUCCACUUUGCUCCAUUUGUGCUCCGCCUCUCCCGGAUACUCAGCGAGCUUCGGGGCUGGCUGAACCCUAUACAAGGCACACGCUGGCACCAGUGGGUCGAGGCGCUCGAGAACAACCCCCACAUCCAGGCGACCACGAGCAGCAAAGAACUCUACGCCGAGACCUUUGACCUAUUCCUCAACGGCCGCCAGACCUAUGGCGAGAUGGUGGGAUGA